AUGGUGGAGGGUCCGGGCUGCGCGCUGUGCGCCGAGCGCCUGCGGGCGCGCCUGCGCCGGGGACAGCGCGUGCGGGCCGCGCGGGGCGGCGGCGCGGUGAGGACUGCUACAGAUAAAGAGAGAAGCUCUGGUCAUGAUUUCCUUGUUGGACAUGUUUACAGGGGUGUGGAGACAUUGGGAAAGGAACUUUUUAUGUAUUUUGAUCAGAAAGCUUUGAGGAUUCACUUUGGUAUGAAUGGUUCCAUGCACAUUAAUCCUGAUGGAAGCAAAGACAGAAAUGGAACACAACCAAUUUUGGAGAUACAGCUUAUGGAGGAUACUGUUUGUUUUUGGGAUGUGACGGUAGAGUACAGAAAUGCAGCUGAGUGUGAGCAGAAAGUGAGGAUGAUGGAAAGUUUGGAUGUCUGUUCUCCAAAGUUUAGCUUCUCGAGAGCAGAACAUGAGAUUAAGCAGCAGAACACACGUAUGUUGUGUGAUGUGUUAUUGGAUCAAGCAGUAUUACCUGGAGUAGGAAAUAUCAUAAAAAAUGAAGCACUGUUUGAUAGUCGUCUUCAUCCAGCUGUUAAGGUUUGCCAACUGACAGAUGAGCAUAUACGCCACUUGGUGAAAAUGACACGUGAUUUUACGCUGCUUUUUUAUAAGUGCCGCAAAACUGGGUCUCCACUCUACAAACACUACAAAGUGUACAAGCGCCCAGUCUGCAGGGAGUGCAGUGGCAGCAUCACCGUGUGUCGUUUGGGAGACCAUAACAGGAUGACUUACUUCUGCUCUCACUGUCAAAAGGCGGAUCCCCAGCUUGUCAAUCUUAGCAAACUGCCAGCAAGAACUAGCCUAAUUGGCUGGGCAUGUGGCAGGGGGUCAUGUUCUAAUGAACAUGUAGCUCGGAAAUCUGAAGAGGAGUGGACGUGUAUGCGCUGCACCCUAAUAAACAAGCCUUCUGCUGAAAUUUGUGAUGCCUGUUUGACUUCAAGACCUGAAGUUCCAAAGAUGGAGAGUUUUGAAGAUUCUGCAGCCGUUAACACAAGCUUAAUGAAGUACCCUUGUAAUGAUUUCAGAAAACCAAGCACAGAAAUAAAGAUCAAUAGGAAAACUGCAUUUGGAACUACAACUCUUGUCUUAACAGAUCUUGGUAACAACCCUGCUUUGGGAAAUGAUACCCAGGUAUCUGAUGGACACUCUCAGUGUGUUGUUCCAAAAAGGAAUUGUAAACUGACCCAAAGCAAUGCCUGCCAGUCAGGGGGAAGCACAGACAAGGACUGCUCAACACAUGUAACUGCUCUGGCUUUGUCCUCCUGUCAGCAGCCUGACUCAUUCAAACACGUACAGAAGAAACAGAAAGUUGAUCAUGUACCUUUGGUUCACCCAUUUAAUGUAGCAAUCAGCACACCUCGAACAAAUCUGACAGACGAUACUCCUGUGUUGAGCAUUGGGCAUCCUCGCUGCAGUAAACACAGCCGUCUCUGCAGCCUCAGACUUGUGAGAAAGGAUGGAGAAAACGAGGGAAGGCAGUUUUAUUGUUGUCCUCUCCCCAGGGAAACUCGGUGUGACUACUUUCAAUGGGCCGACUUGAAUUUUCCAUUUUGUAACCAUGGCAAGCGAUGUGUUAUGAAGACUGUGUUGAAGAUUGGUCCAAAUAAUGGAAGGAACUUCUUUGUGUGCCGUCUUGGGAAGGGAAAACAGUGCGGCUUCUUCCAAUGGGCAGAUAAUGGGCCAGGUAUGCGGAUUCUUCCAUGAUGCCCCUGUUACAGUUACCUGUUCUUCAGGAUGUCUUAAGUGCACACAACAUUUGUAGUAAUUUCCGUUUUGUUCUUUUUCCCUGUUCAUCUGUUAACUAGUAAAAGACCUCCAAUCUAAA